UUUAUUGUGGUUGAUUUACCAUGUUGUGUUAAUUUCUGCUACACGGAAAAGUGAUUCUGCUAUACAUGUAUAUCAUCUUCUUCAUGUUUGUUCCUGUUGUGGUUGAUCACAGGAUAUUGAAUAUAGCUCCCUGUGCUCUACAGCAGGGCCUUGUUGUUUAUCCAUCCAUCCAUAUAAUAGUUUGCAUCUGCUAAUCCCAAAAUACCAAUCCUUCCCUCCUCCACCCCUUCUUCCCCUUUGCGACCACAAGUCUAUUCUCUAAAUCUGUGUGUAAACUCAUUUUAAACAUUGAAGUACAGUUGAUUUACAAUGUUGUGUUAGUUUCAUGUAAACUCAUUUUUAAAAUAUAAGUAUACUCGAUUCUUAUAUUCAGAACCAACUUGUUAUUGAAGCCCUGAUAGUUACCUAAUAAUGUGUUAUCUGCAGCAAUGUUUAGGAAAGUCAAGGGGGGGAAGGAAACUUAUCUGGGGUAUUGAUCUCAGGAAUCAUCUCCACAGUCAAUUCAGCUCAGCACUCUCACACCACUUCUAGAUAUUUGGUGCAAAUUACUUGCAUGUUCAUGUUCCCUUUCAAGAUAUCCCUUCUCAUUUCAGAAUUGACCUUACUAUAGUUAACUAAAAAUUGAGUAUCUAAUGUUUGGACAAAAAGAAUUUCAACUGUAGGAAAGGGAAGUCCUGCAACAGAUGCCUAAAGUUGUCUUGAAAUCAAGAAAGAUGUUAGUGUUUUGAGCAUCUAGGGAUAGAAUUUAUGCUUAUGGGAUUCCAAACUGAGAAAAAAGAUUUAAGGCCUUUUACUUGAACUGAAAUUAGAUGAAUAAAAAGAAUAUGAGGUGUUUGCUGGAAGAGGGAGGUUGUUUCAUAUUUUUUUUAACAUAGUCUGAACUUGUUAGGAGUUGGCAACCAAGAUCUUAGAGAAUAAAAAGGAAAUGUUGGUUUUGACACUUGAGAUUAAGAAGGUUGUUUUGAUUAGCGGUAGUGAUAAAGUUCUGUUGAGAGGCAACGUAUGGUACAGUUAAAUAAAAGGAUAAAAAUAAAACCCUCCCAUUUCACGUCAUUAAAUUCCUAUAGUAACCUACUAGGGUAUGCUUUUAUAUUCUCUUUAUGAUGAAAGUGUAAAACACUUCAUAAUCCUUUUCAUAAAUCUCUUUUAUAAGUAACAAGAAGAAUUUAUGGUAUUGGCUAUCCUUAUCCUGAGUAAAACCUAUACAGCUUUGAUCUCUCCUCCAGUUUCCUCUGAUGAAAGGAGGAGGAAAAUCAUACCCAUAUCAGAUUGAAGAUAAUACUGGGUGUCAUUUCAUGGCUGUCAAAAUUUCCUCAUACCACAUGGUGGGGCUCUUUUUCCACGUGGUCUUUGUUCUAAAUCUGGAGAGGAGACUUUGCCUUGUUCUUCCAAUAUGUGCCUUGCCUCUAAUGAGAAAAUGACAAGCUUUUCUCAUUACUAGGUUAAUGGCUCUUCUAUAGGAUCCCGUCUCUAAGGAACCCUCUUUGGUAGUAAACACUGGAAAACAGACCUAUCCAAAACUCCUAAACUGCCUCAUUCCCUAUAUACAUCAGUUCAACAUAUCUGUUGGAAUACCAAAUCCCAUUAUUUACAAGGCUUCUGACUGCAGUUUUCUAAAUAGGCUCCAAGGGCCGCUGUUGGCCAAUGCGCUGCAAGAGCUAGCGUCCAGUGUCUACCCCAGUGAUUUCUUGUGUAGUCACAGAAGCAAGUCGGAAAGGAGAGUAGCCUGGACUCAGGCUCUCUACUUGGCAAAUCUGAUUCCAGAAUACAGAUUGGGAUGUGUUCAAACUGGGAGCAUUGAGUUUUCUAUGUAGUCGAUGUAGGUAUUUUAAACGAAAUUUAUAAAUCAUCUUUUCUUAACGUUGGAGCCUGCAGCAUGCACAGAAGGAUGGGAAAUAAGGGGAAGCAGAGGAGCGGUACCCAGCGGGGGCAAGUAAUCUUCCCUUUCUUGAUGCCUUUGUUAUGCGGGGCACUCUCCGAACAGAUCCGCUGUUCUAUUCCAGAAGAAAUGGACAGAGGCUUUGUGGUGUGGAAUCUCGCUGACGUGGGGCUGCAUCUACGGGAUUUAUUGACCCGCAACCUCAGAGUUAGUGCAGAGAAACAAUACUUUACUGUAAACAUGGAGAAUGGGAAAGUACUUGUGAGUGACAGAAUAGAUUGGGAGUCACCCUGCCCCCAAAACCCUCUGUGUGUCGUGCCUUUAGAAAUUGUAGCAGAGAAUCCUCUAAAUGUUUCUCACGUAAACGUGAUGAUAGAAGAUAUAAAUGACAAUCCACCUCAUUUUCCCCAAAAUAGCAUUGUUUUACAAAUCAAUGAACUUGCAAUUCCAGGAACGCGGUUUGGCCUGGAAUCAACUAUAGAUGCAGAUAUAGGGCUUAACUCUCUGCAGAGGUACCAACUCAGCUAUAGGGAGCAUUUCUCUCUGAUGGUUGAGGGUAAGACUGAAGGCAAGAAUUCCCCAGAAUUAGUGCUGGAGAAGCCUUUGAACCAGGGACAACAGAGCUCUCACUUCCUGGUCCUGACAGCAGUGGACGGGGGUGAUCGUCUGAACUGGCAAACUCAAUUCAGGAUCAAGGUCACUGAUGCCAACGAUAACCCCCCAGUGUUCAGUCAGGAUGUGUACAAAGUUAGCCUGCGUGAGAACUCGCCCCCAGGCACCUUGGUGCUAAAGGUGAAGGCCACUGACCAGGAUGAAGGCAUCAGUGCAGAGAUCACCUACUCCUUCAAAACACUAUGAGAUAUUGCAAAUAUGUUUGUGCUAGAUCAUCAAAGAGGAGAAAUUAAAUCCAAAGGCCCUAUAGACUUUGAAAGCAGUAGCAGUUAUACUAUAAGCAUAGAGGAGGACGGUGGAAGCAUAGCCACCGAGUGUAAAAUUAUACUGAAAAUUUUAGAUGAGAACGACAGUGGCCCAGAGGUGGUUUUCCCUUCGGUGUCUAGUUCCAUAACCAAGGUUGCAGAACCAGGAACUGUGAUUGCUUUGUCCGCAACAUAUGACAAAAAUUCGGGAGAAAACGGGGAGGUCACAUGUCUCAUAAAAGAGAGAGCUCCUUUUAGAAUUGAAUCUUCCGCCAAUAAUUACUACAAGCUUGUGGCAGAUGGGGCCCUGGACCGGGAGCAGACCCUAGAGUACACAGUCACCAUCGCAGACACCGACAGGGGCAAGCAGCUACUCUCCUCCAGCGCAAGUGUCACUCUACACAUCAGCGACGUUAAUGACAGCACUCCGGUUUUCCACCAGGCCUCCUACGUGGCCGAGAACAACCUGCCUGGAGCCUCCAUCGCGCAAGUCAGCGCCUCCGACCCCGACCUGGGGCCCAACGGCCACGUCUCCUAUUCCAUCCUGGCCAGCGACCUGGAGUCGCGCGCGCUGUCGUCCUACGUGUCCGUGAGCGCACAGAGCGGCGUGAUGUUCGCGCAGCGCGCCUUCGACCACGAGCAGCUGCGCGCCUUCGAG